GAGGAGCAAGCUCUUUCAUUUCCGGUUCAAGCAGCAAGGACGUUAGCUUGUUAGCUUGUUAGCUCCUGCUGUUUGUGUACGUCAAGGAUGAGUGGCUCUGGUCAUGUUUCUAAAGUGCGGACUUUGUACAAAAGGAUCCUUGUGCUGCAUCGUUUUAUGCCGAUACAUUUGAGAGCACUAGGAGACCAGUAUGUCAAAGAAGAGUUUCGAAAACACAAGAAUGCUUCUCCUCAACAAGCCAACAACUUCAUGACAGAAUGGCAGAAGUACAAGGACAACUUGCAGUCGCAGAUCCUGGAAGCUUCAGGAAGCAAAGGCGGCUCGCUGAGUCUGGGAGUCAACAUGUCUGAGAAAGAACUGAAUGACUUCCGCCAGGAACAGAUAGGUCAACUUUACGAGCUCCUGCUGGAGUCCACCAAACCUAAUUCACAAUUUCACAUCCAGGAGGACAAGUCAUGAAACAUGAAGUAUUAUUGUUGGACUGACUGACCUCCUGAAAAGACCUGUAACUUGUGUAAGUACGAAGAGUGUAUUAUGGGUUAUUAUACUACACCAAUAAAGUGUGUAAGUACAAAGAGUGUAUUAUGGGUUAUUAUACUACACCAAUAAAGUGUGUAAGUACAAAGAGUGUAUUAUGGGUUAUUAUACUACACCAAUAAAGUGUGUAAGUACAAAGAGUGUAUUAUGGGUUAUUAUACUACACCAAUAAAGUGUGUGAGUACAAAGGGUGUAUUAUGGGUUAUUAUACUACACCAAUAAAGUGUGUAAGUACAAAGGGUGUAUUAUGGGUUAUUAUACUACACCAAUAAAGUGUGUAAGUACAAAGAGUGUAUUAUGGGUUAUUAUACUACACCAAUAAAGUGUGUAAGUACAAAGAGUGUAUUAUGGCUUAUUAUACUACAC